AUGUCGUCUGCACUAUUGCCUAAGCCACAAAUGCGGGGCCUUUUGGCCAGGCGGAUGAAGUUUCACCUAUUUGGGGCAUUUUUUCUAUCUCUGGGAUGUGCAGCUUUAUACAAGUUUGGAGUUGCUGAUCCCAGAAAACGAGCUUAUGCGGAGUUCUACAAAAACUAUGAUCCCAUGAAGGACUUCGAGGCCAUGAGAGCAGCCGGUGUGUUUGAGUCGGCGCCGCCCAAGUGA